AUGGUCCUUUCUUUCAUCCUUAUCCAGAACCGACAAGGCAAGACCCGGCUUGCAAAGUGGUAUGCACCGUACGAUGACGAGGAGAAGGUCAAGUUGAAGGGAGAGGUCCACAGGCUUGUCGCACCACGGGACCAGAAAAAUCAAUCAAACUUUGUCGAGUUCCGGAACAAUAAAAUCGUAUAUCGUCGCUACGCCGGCCUCUUCUUCUGCGUGUGCGUGGACGCGAACGACAACGAGCUAGCAUACCUCGAGGCGAUCCACUUCUUUGUCGAGGUCCUAGACGCGUUCUUCGGGAACGUGUGUGAGCUAGACUUAGUGUUCAACUUUUACAAGGUUUAUGCAAUCCUGGAUGAGGUGUUUCUUGCGGGCGAGAUCGAGGAAACCUCCAAGCAGGUAGUGUUGACGAGGUUGGAGCAUCUGGACAAGCUUGAGUAA